AUAUCCAUCGCAUUACAGAAGACAAAACCUGUUCGGUAAUGUCGACAAUGGCGGCUCUUCUUGCAACAAUCCUCUUCUCCUCUCUCAUUGCUGUGUUCUCGGCUGAUAUCUCGAGCAAGAUAGGGGUGAACUAUGGUCGAAAGGGGGUCAAUUUGCCUUCGCCAUAUCGAACAAUCGAGACCGUGAGAUCGAUGAAUGUAGGCCGGAUGAAGCUCUAUGAUUCAGACCAUGAAAUAUUGAAGCUUCUUUCAGGGACCAACAUUCAUGUGUCCACUAUGAUUCCAAACAAUGAUAUAAUCCGCAUUGCGUCGAGCCAAGCAGCUGCUGAACAAUGGGUUCAAAGCAAUGUCUUGAAUUUCUACCCCGACACGAUGAUCCGGUUCGUGUUGGUCGGCAACGAAGUCCUCAGCCAUGACCGGAGAAUUUGGCCUAGUCUUGUGCCUGCGAUGCGUAGGAUUAAGAACUCUCUGAAUGCUCAUGAUAUUAAGAACAUCAAGGUCAGUACCCCACUAGCGAUGGACGUAUUGCAAUCAACUUUUCCGCCGUCGAGUGGUGAAUUCCGGUCUGAUAUCAGGGAUACAGUGAUGGCACCGUUUCUGGGGUUUUUGAAUGGAACCAAAUCAUUUUUCUUCAUCGAUGCUUACCCUUAUUUAGCAUGGUCUACUAAUUCGAGGAACAUCAGCUUAGAUUUUGCUCUUUUUAGAGGGAGAGUGAACCAAACUGACCAUAAAACUGGCUUAGUUUACACAAAUCUGUUAGACCAAAUGCUCGACUCAGUCAUUUUCGCGAUGAGAAAACUCGGAUAUCCCGGUAUCAGGCUCACGAUUGGCGAAACAGGUUGGCCUACUGCAGGGGAUGCCGAUCAAGUAGGGGCUAACAUCAACAAUGCAGCCACUUAUAACCGAAAACUGAUUCAAAAAAUGACUGCUAAGCCAGCAUUAGGGACCCCUGCUAGACCUGGUGCAGUCAUACCAACAUUCAUUUUCUCCUUAUACGACGAAAACCAAAAGCCAGGUCCAACAACCGAGAGGCAUUGGGGGCUGCUGCGUUCGAACGGGAUGUUGGUAUACGAUAUCGAUAUCACCGGCAGGCGGCCACUCUCCAGUUACAAACCACUGCCUGCUGCAAGAAACAAUGUAGCAUACAGGGGUAAGCUUUGGUGUGAGGUCGCUCCAGGUGCCGAUGCGUCGAACUUGACAUCGGCAUUGGCGUAUGCUUGCAGACAAGGCAACCAAACUUGUGCUGCAUUGAGCCCCGGGCAACCGUGUUAUGAGCCGGUAUCGGUGUUCUGGCACGCGAGUUAUGCAUUCAGCUCGUACUGGUCUAAGUUUCGGAAACAAGGUGCAACCUGCUACUUCAAUGGCUUAGCUAGACAAACCAGAAGUAACCCAAGCCGUGGACACUGCAAUUUCCCUAGUGUGACUCUCUGAAGAAGAUGAUCAGCCAUGAAUUCAGACACCAUGGAGU